UCUCGAUAUAUAUAUUCUUGAGUUAUAACCUACUAAACUAAAACGUUACUUGUCAUAAGCACUAGCUUAGUGAACAACGUACACUCAUAUAUAUCAUCUUUGCAAAAUUAUUCUUCAACUAUAUAUAUAUAUAUAUAUCGAUGUCGGGGAAGAGGUUGAUUUUCUUGGCUCUUCUGGUUAUCUUCCAACUGGUUAAAUAUAGACAUGCAAGAGCUUCUCCAGAUGAGGGUAGCUUUGUUGGAACAAGCGGUACGCAAUUCGUGCUGAAUGGGAGGCCUUUAUAUCUGAAUGGCUUCAAUGCUUACUGGUUGAUGUAUAUGGCAUCUGAUCCAUCCACAAAUGUGAAGGUGACAACCACUUUUCAACAGGCCACCGAGUAUGGCAUGCAUGUUGCCAGAACUUGGGCUUUCAGUGAUGGCGGUUACAAACCCUUACAGUCCUUUCCUGGUUCCUACAAUGAGGACAUGUUCAAGGGAUUGGAUUUUGUGAUUUCAGAAGCUGGAAAAAAUGGAGUUUAUCUUAUACUGAGCUUGGUGAAUAACUAUAACGAUUUUGGAGGAAGAAAACAGUAUGUCCAGUGGGCAAGAGAUCGUGGCCAGACAUUGAACAAUGAUGAUGAUUUUUACACCAAUUCCGUUGUCAAAGGAUACUAUAAAAACCAUGUCAAGACCGUGCUCACAAGAAUCAACUCAAUAACUGGAGCGGCGUAUAAAGAUGACCCCACCAUUUUGGCAUGGGAGCUAAUGAACGAACCUCGUUGCCAAUCUGACCUAUCAGGAAAUGCUGUUCAGGAUUGGAUCAGGGAAAUGGCUGGGCAUGUGAAAUCCAUUGAUAAAAAUCAUCUCCUAGAAGUUGGGCUUGAAGGAUUUUAUGGGGAAUCAAGGAAGCAGGACAAUCCUGGUGGUUAUACAGUUGGGACUGACUUCAUUUCCAAUAAUCAAAUCCCCGGAGUAGAUUUUGCCACUAUUCAUCUCUAUCCCGACCAAUGGUUACCAGGCUCAAACAAUGAGACCCAAGUUGAUUUUGUAGAUAAAUGGAUCCAAGCCCAUAUCCGAGACUCGGGCUCAGUGCUGAGAAAGCCACUCAUGCUGGGUGAGUUCGGCAAGUCUUCAAAGACAGCAGGAUACAGUGUGGGGGUGAGGGAUGAGUAUUAUGGGCAUAUAUACGAUGCCAUAUACGAUUGCGCUAAAAGUGGGGGCCCACUUGGAGGUGGGCUCUUUUGGCAACUCUUGGCCCAAGGAAUGGACAAUUUCGGCGACGGUUAUCAAGUUGUCUUGGAAGAAAGCCCAUCAACGGCCAGUGUCAUCUCUCUCCAAUCUCAGAGGCUCUCAACCAUGACGUAAUGAGUAUAUUUUUACUGGCGCUAAAAUAUAGACGUGGUAAAAGGUCAACUAUAUACAGUGAAAUUGUCGCCAAAAAUCUUACAAUAUGUUGAGAAAAUAAAUAUUAUAAAAUAACCUAAGUUGUGUGUUCCCAACAAUUAUUAUCACGUGUAAUUUAUCUCAAAAAUAACAUCAUCA